CCACCUGUUGUCUCUGUUGCAGCUGACAUCAGCCUAGCAGAAUGGGGUCGCAAGGCCAUCGAGAUCGCGGAGAAUGAGAUGCCGGGGCUGAUGAAGAUGCGGGAAAAGUACUCUGCCUCUAAGCCGCUGAAGGGCGCUCGGAUCGCCGGCUGCCUCCACAUGACGGUGCAGACUGCAGUGCUGAUAGAAACACUGCUGGCGCUAGGUGCUGAGGUACAGUGGUCCAGCUGCAACAUUUUUUCCACUCAGGACCAUGCUGCCGCUGCCAUUGCUAACAUCGGUGUUCCUGUGUUCGCCUGGAAGGGGGAGACGGACGAGGAAUACCUGUGGUGCAUCGAGCAGACCCUCUACUUCAAGGAUGGGCAGCCCUUAAACAUGAUCUUGGAUGACGGUGGAGACCUCACCAAACUGGUUCAUACCAAACACCCACAACUCCUGAAAGGAAUUAAAGGCAUCUCCGAAGAGACGACGACUGGGGUUCAUGAGCUGCAUAAGAUGAAAGCGAAGGGGAGCCUGAAAGUGCCAGCCAUCAACGUCAAUGAUUCUGUCACCAAGAGUAAAUUCGAUAACCUUUACGGUUGCCGCGAGUCCCUUAUCGAUGGCAUUAAACGUGCCACGGAUGUCAUGAUCGCCGGGAAGGUGGCCAUCGUGGCAGGCUACGGAGAUGUUGGCAAAGGUUGCGCUCAAGCCUUGAGAAACUUUGGAGCCAGGGUCAUCAUCACAGAAAUUGAUCCCAUCAACGCGCUGCAGGCAGCCAUGGAAGGUUAUGAGGUAACAGUCAUGGAGGAGGCUUGCAAAGAAGGGAACAUCUUUGUCACCACCACUGGCUGCACUGACAUCGUGCAGGGCAGACACUUCGAACAGAUGAAGGACGAUGCCAUUGUCUGUAACAUCGGCCACUUUGACGUGGAGGUGGAUGCGAAGUGGCUGAAAGAGAACGCCGUGGAGACAGUGAACAUUAAACCUCAGGUGGACCGAUACACGCUGAAGAACGGCCGUCACAUCAUACUGCUAGCAGAAGGCCGACUCGUCAACUUGGGCUGUGCAAUGGGUCACCCCAGCUUUGUGAUGAGCAACUCCUUCACCAAUCAGGUGUUGGCGCAGAUUGAGCUGUGGACCAAUAAUGACAAGUAUCCAGUGGGAGUUCACAUCCUGCCAAAGAAGCUGGAUGAAGCCGUGGCGGCCGCUCAUCUGGAUAAGCUGUGCGUGAAGCUGACCAAACUGAGCGACAAGCAGGCCAAGUACCUGGGCUUGCCGAAAGAAGGGCCCUUCAAGCCAGACUACUACCGAUACUGAGCAGCUGCUGCUACCCAAAGAACAACGUGCAGGGAUACAAAUCUUCCAAAGCUCUUACCCAUCUGCUGGGAUUCGGAGAACAAGCCCUUUCCCUUCCCCCUUUCACCACACACCCACGCUCGUAAACAGGCGCGGAAGCUCUAGUGAAGGCACCGUCCCCUCAUGCUGGGAACCCGCCCUUCAGCUAAUGCAUGGUGGGGCAGAUCCCAUGGACACCCUUACAGCCUUAUAAUGCCUGAGGGGCUGGGGCAGGAGUUCUAAGACUCGGCUCCUGGCCCUUCAGAGAGACACUGUUAGGAGCCUGUGGUCUGGGUAUGUAAACAGGCUUAACCAGCGAUGGUGAGGGCUAAGCAGUGACUUGUCCCCGAGACAACCCCCUGGCUCUGUGCUGUGGUUUGUGAAAGCUGGACAGAUGUGAUGCCUCCGCCAUGGUUCUGGGGCGUUCCACAGGACUCUGUGUCCACCGUGGUUAGCAUGAUGCUAAGUUGUUUCCGUACCCUGGGAGCAGCUACUUAAUCAAAGAUGUUAGGCUGGACCAUGUCUAGUCCUGCUGCUCAUCUCUCUCUGUUUAGUCUCCUUCACAAUUGUAGUGUGCGAGGAGGGGUGUUGUGACUCAGCAGCUUUUCCAUUUGUGAUGUGAGGGGCUCCAGAAGGCUGGGGGAAGGGGUGAAUGGGGGAGGCAGGGGCAUAGAAGGAGGGAAGUUGGUUCUCUGAAACCACCAGCCGUGGGCACCUGCCCUGACUGAGUUUUGGGAAGUUGAGGUCUGCGGUAUCUGUUGUGGUGUCUUAAAGUACAUUUAUUAAACCCCCCAAUUGUGGUCUGACAUGA